AUGGCAGAGGCAAAGAAAGACACUGUCGUCCUCCAGACUUCCGAUGACGAGCAAUUCACCGUCGAGAGGAAGGUCGCAGAGCGCAGCGCGCUCAUCAAGAGUAUGAUGGAGGACCUUGGAGCUCAGGAAGGUUCCCUCAUACCCCUCCCCAACGUGUCAUCUAGCGUCAUGGUCAAGAUCCUCGAGUACUGCGACCACCACAAGUCGGAGCCGCUCCCUGCGCCGGACGCGAACGACCAGGAUGACGCGAGGAGGAAGACCGCCGAGAUCGGCGAGUGGGACUCCAAGUUCAUUCAAGUCGACCAGGAGAUGCUCUUUGAGAUCAUUCUCGCUGCCAACUACCUCGACAUCAAGCCUCUGCUCGACGUUGGGUGCAAGACCGUUGCCAACAUGAUCAAGGGCAAGACCCCCGAGGAGAUCCGAAAGCUCUUCAACAUCACCAACGACUUCACUCCCGAGGAGGAGGAGCAGAUCCGCAAGGAGAACGAGUGGGCGGAGGAGUAA